CACUUUUGUCAUGUUUAAAACCUCCAGUUAGAAAAAACAUUGAAAAGGCAUUAGUAAUUUCUAGAUCUGGACUUUGGAAUCAACAUCAAGGCCUUGAUGCAAUAUUGGAAGAAUUCAAUAAAUCAUUAAAAUCUAUGAUUCCUCCA